UCGCACUUUGAUGAUAUUCAUCAGAAAUGCAACGUAGAAACGGAAAUGGAUCUUGGUACGGUUUUAUUCUUUUAUUAUUUGUGUUUCAAGGCGAUACUAGCGCGUGUCCGUGGGGAGAAACUGGCCUGAAGCCAUGGAGUGACCCACAGAGCUGGCCAGAGAACUCUGUGCCCACCGAGGACAGUGUUGUCAUCAUCGAAGACGGGUUGUCCAUACUGCUGGACACGUCACCCCCUCCUCUCAAAGCAAUUAAGAUCAGGCGUGACGGGCGUCUGAUAUGGGGGAUUAAUACGGAAGGGACUGAUCUACAUGUAAGCACUUACUACAUACUGAUUGCCAAUAACGGAUCUCUAAUUAUUGGGUCUGAAGAAUGCAAGUAUCCAGCAGAUAAGAAGGCUAUCAUUACACUUAGAGGGAAACGAGACGACAUCCCGGACGUGACAGACUUUGGGCAAAAGUUUAUAGGAGUAGACAAUGGAAACCUGGAAAUUCACGGAGCUGAUAAAAUAUCCUGGACGAAACUGACACAGUCCGUUGUGAAACCUUCGACAGCCGAUGAUGGACUCCUGUUCUCGCAUGAUUUGGGAAGCAGCUGGGACAAAUUUGACCGCGGUAUAUAUCUUUAUGAGUUCAAUUACAAAAAGAAGGAGCUUGUUGCAACGAACAAAACCGUUUAUGAGUCUAACGUUAGGCAGGACAUAGAAGAAGAUCUUCCAGCUAGAAUCAGGGAAAUGACUUCCGGUCAACUUGCCAUGUUGGCGGUUCGAGAAGAAGUCGUGCGCCCCGAUUCCACUUUUGAUUUGGAGCCCCUUCUGACGGCACUGGAGGAAAAGGGGGCCACACAGCUUAGGAAUUUCCAACAAGGAGACGCGUAUGCCGCCAUUUUUAUCAAAGGCAAGGAAGAGGACACGGUUGAAGAACUGGCCCAAAUGCGUGGACAUGUGUUCACCGAGACAAAAAUCUUGACCCUGACCAUCAAGGGUGCGAAGUACAUGGUCCAGAGUGGAAACAGUGUCAAACAACAGCCGAAGAGAUUGACAAAGCAACAAAGACAGUACGUGCGGUUUCAGGCUUUGGAACAGACUGAUUUUAGAACCACGUCGCUGUUCCUUGCAGAUGACGUUUCGUCGUGGAACGUAGGGGAUGAGAUACUGAUAGGAUCCACGGACUACAACUGGAUGCAGACAGAAAUAAGAACCGUCACAAAUGUGAGGAAGACGAGAGUGGAUUUAGACUCACCCUUGUGGUUUGAUCAUUUUGGUGAGAUGAUUGAUAAUGUAGACGAACGCGCGGACGUCGGGGUGCUCACCAGGAAUGUCGUCAUAAGGGGGGAACGUGAACUCUCUUGUUAUGGCGAUAAUCACUGCGACGUAUUUGACAUAGAUAUAUUUGGAGGACACUUGAAAGUACAUCACCAUUUUGGCUCUGUCAACAUUGAAGGCGCUGAGUUUGAGCACAUGGGGCAGCAUGCAGUUCUCGGAACCUACCCCAUCCAUUUUCACAUGUGUGGGGACACCGACACGACAGAGGGGGUGCCCAGUCCGUACGUUAGGCAGAACUCUAUUCACCACUCAGUAUCGCGCUGUGUUACCGUGCACGGCACCAGCGGUGUUCAGGUCGUGGACAACCUUGCCUACCUCAGUAUCGGCCACUGCUACUUCCUGGAGGACGGGUCGGAAAGGCGGACUGUAUUCGAUGGAAAUCUUGGUAUUGGGACAAUGAACGGGGUUCUCAUUCCCACCGACACCGCGCCAGCUACAUUUUGGAUAAAGAGCCCGGAUACUUACCUGAGAAACAACGUUGCUGGGGGUUCGGAGGAUAAGGGCAUUUGGAUAAUCUUUCCCGAGUCACCGAACGGGCUUUCAGCUUCAAUGGACCCUCCAGUGUGGGCGGAAGGCGAGGCCAGUAGAUUUCCUGUGCCUCAAAUUGAGAACAACGUGGUUCAUUCCAAUAGGGAUGGCUUUUUCAUGGACAACAAGUUAAGCUCCACGGAUGCUCUCCUUAAAGAAGGUAACGACUACAGACCGACGGAGGAGGUUGUCUUUAAGCGCAUAACUGCCUUUAAGAACUGGAAACAGAAUGUAUGGAUCAGAGGAAGCCCGCUGAGAUGUGACCAUUGCUCUUUAGCGGACAGCCCAAGAGGAAUAACGUAUGCUGUUGCCGGAGGCGACUUGGUGUAUUUGGUGAACAGUGUGCUCAUUGGGGAAUCGAAGAACAAGGGGGAGUCCGAAAUUUUGAAGUCGGUUACUGGAGACGGAAGCACCAGCUACCAAAAACUCGGAAAAUCUGUCCCGAAUUACAAAAAACUCGAUACUGCAUUUAAUGGCUUCAUCGUGUAUGACGUCACUCAGCAUGUUAGAGAUACGCACUUCAGUGGAUACGUCUCUGACGACUUUAGGCAAGGCGGAGCUUUAGGCUGGUUUAAGAACACCUUGGCGUUCUCUAUGACUGUCAACAGUGUCGCAAACCUCACAUUCGAUUUUGAGGAUGACACGAAUGGUAACCGCGUAUUCGAUGGCGACGGCUCAGGCGACUUUGGCACAGAAUUCGGCGAUCGAAAUGGCGACAAGAGUGCCAUUAUACACGACUAUGAUGGCAGCCUUACAGGCCACGCAGGCGCCCACGUGGUGAAGCCAAGGUGGUUCUAUAACACUCAUAACUGCUACAACGUUAGCAAUUGGAACAUGGCCGUGUGUCCUGAACGGUAUGCCAAGGUCCGUUUGAAUUCAAAACUCGACGGGGAUGCUUUGUUACAAGAUCUUUUCGUGGUCAGGGACGAUUUCCACGAACACCAAGAAGAGAUCAUCGGUGAAAAGUUAAAUACGAACCAUUUCUUAAUGAUAAACAACUACAACUACACCGUCCAUUUUGAUGGGAAAGUCGGAGACGAGGUCGAAAUGACAUUGGACGGUUUUGAAAAAAACGUCCACAGAAUACGCCUGGGACUUUGCUUUCCGAACGAUACGGAGUCAUUCGUUAUGACCUAUGACAAGACCCCUAUCGUAAUGGCGGCAAGCAUGGAGGAGUUCGAGAACGCCACCCAGACCGAUCCUUACACUGCGUAUUGGGACGUCAGCACAGGGUUACUCUUUCUGAGUUUGCAAGGCCUCGAGGAACGCGCAGAAAAUGACUGGAACGCCUGUCCCAAUAAAGAGUUGACGAGCCAAUGCCCGAAAGUGAAGAUUACCCGAAAUGGGGGCGGAAUGUUUGCGGCUUGCUACGAGCAUGCGUACGGACCGUACAUAGCCAGUACACCGCCAGCAGACGACACUGCACUUACCGCGCCAGGUUUAUUGCCGGCCACAAGCAUGCCUCAGAAUGUCGGAGCUGGAUUAACUCGACCAUUUCUCAUUCGAGAAAAUCCAUUUUAAGACAGACUGAUUUAUAGGAGGAUUUUUCCCCGAUAUUAUUCAAUCACGUUAUUUGAUAUAAUUUGAUCAACAUGGAGUUGGCUUCAGUGGAAACGACGGACCGGACUUUGGAUUUGGCAGUAUAAAAACAACCGCAACAGAUGUUGCAGUUUUGGCAUUCAUUGUAGUACAAAUAUGAUUAUGAAUA